GUCCCUGGCCGCAUCACGGAACCUCGAAGAGCCUCUGCUUCUGCUUGGGAGAGGACACCAGCGGACAGAAGCACGCACGAGUGGAACGACGGAUGGUCUGAACAGGGCGGUCCUGCUGACUUUGACUUUACGAGCGCGUGCUCCGUGCUUGGGCCGCCGCCCACCAGUGGAGAAGACGAGGACAAGAACGGUACCUUUUGGCAUGACCUCCAGUUGAUCGACGACAAACUUGUCGCACAUGUCGGCCUUACGCGUCAAUUUGCCUCCGCCUUCCUUCCAAGGGGAGAUGCGCCGGCUGAAGGAUGCCUGCAAAGUGGUUCAUCAGGAGCACGAGGACCGCCAUACCUGAAUGCUCGUGUCCAAGUUCAUUCAGCGCCUCGUGCAAAUGGUCUCUUCGGAAAGCCCGCCGACAUGUCCUUCACCAGCUGGCUCCAGGAACUCCAUUUGUCAACCGUUGCGGUGAUGCCUCUUGCGAUUCGACUGGUGCCAGAAGCUUUGACGGGCCGGCACACGAUAGUGAAGAUGGAUGUGGAGGGCACCUGCUUAUUCCUUCUUGCGAUGCCUUGCGAGCUGGCGGCUUACCCACCCCGACCUGGAAGCAGAAACGUCACGAUGCAAAACUUUUAG